GUCUCUUCCUUUCCCCUCACUCUUCUUGAUUCUUGAAUACCCCCGGCGAUUUCAUCCGAUAUCUAUGCGGCGGGAUGCCAGUUAGCCACAGCAGCCAACAAUGUCCCUUCUUCACUAUCCCUUCUACCGGGAGCAGAAUUUCCAAUUUCGUCCGCUCUCGUCCUCCAAUCUGCUACUUCCCUCCAAAACCCGCUUCUUCAAACCCCAAAACCCUAGUGUUUUGCAGCUUACCACCUCCAUUUAUCCGUUCCAACAAUUCCCCUUUCUUCCCCUUUGGUACACAUCGCAGGCGUGAUGCUUCCGUUCUAGCCGCUGCGAAAAAAUCUGGCCCCGAUUACUAUUCCGUUCUAGAUGUGGGCAAAAAUGCAACUUUGCAGGAGAUCAAGGCCUCGUACAGAAAACUUGCUCGGAAGUAUCAUCCUGAUAUGAACAAGGGUCAUGGAGCUGAAGAGAAGUUCAAAGAGAUAAGUUCUGCUUACGAGGUACUAUCAGAUGCUGAGAAAAGGUCUUUAUAUGAUCGCUUUGGUGAAGCUGGAUUACGAGGAGAAUAUAAUGAUUCUAGUAUUGGUGUUCCAUGGGCAGAUCCAUUUGAAAUGUUCAACCCAUAUUUUGGUGACUCUAAUCCUUUUUUCGGAGUAAGUGGUAGCUCCAGUGGUUUCAAGUUUGAUUUCGGCAGUGAAGGACGUCAGGAUCUUGAUAUUAGAUGUGAAAUGCACCUGAGCUUUAAAGAGUCAAUAUUUGGAGGAGAGCGUGAUAUUGAAAUACCUUGUUUAGAGGCUUGUGAUGGUUGUGACGGGACUGGGGCAAAGUCCAACAAUUGUAUAAAAGUGUGCUCUCAUUGCGGAGGGAGAGGGGGAAUGGUGAAGACAGAGAAAACACCCUUUGGAUUCGCGUCCCAGGUGUCUACUUGCCCAAAAUGUAGCGGUAAUGGCAAGGUAAUUACGGAUGCUUGUCGUCGAUGUAAUGGCCAUGGUCAAGUAAAAUCAAAGCGGAGCAUGAGAGUGGUCAUACCACCCGGAGUCAGUGAUGGUGUCUUUAUGCGACUCCGAGGAGAGGGUAACAUAGACAAAACAAGGAGCAUUGCCGGCGAUCUCAUUUUGGCCAUUCAUGUUGAGGAAGAGCAUGGGAUUUCGAGGGACGGCCUGAACUUAUGCUCAAAAGUUGAAGUUCAUUACACAGAAGCCAUUCUGGGGACAGUCACCAAGGUCAAAACGGUGGAGGGCAUUAAAGAUCUGAAGAUUCCUCCUGGCUGUCAACCUGGAGAUACUUUGAAAAUAGAAAAUAUGGGAGUUCCAAACAUGAGUAAACCUCAUGAGCGAGGAGAUCAUCAUUUUUUGGUCAAUGUUCAAAUCCCUAAGAACAUCAGUAAUGAAGAACGAGAUCUUCUCAAGGCGCUAGCUUCAAUUAGGGCAACAUCCAUGGAGCAUUCUGUGCCUUCAGAUGGGGGUCAUCCACAGAGAAGUGCUUCAAAUCUCUGGAAGUCAGUCAAGAGCAUCUUCAGGCAAAAGCAAUCUGGUGAGCGUUUUGCUUCAAUGAAUGCAGAGACACCUGCCUUGUGGGCUCACUCUUCUAAUCUGCUCCCUUUAUCAGUUUUUGCCAUUUUAUUUAUUGCAUGUACCAUGGCCUUGGUUAAGACUACCCAAUGUACAUUUCACAAGAAAAAAGCCACAGACAUGACAUAAUCCUUUUUACAAGGAAAAAUAUUAUCAAUGGAGGUGGUAUUUCUGUGACAACAUUAUUUUGACGCAAUGUAUGUUAUUUAUCAUACAGCUCUAAAAGAGAUAAUUGUUAAUGCUGAGCAUUUCAGAGGGAAGAAUUUGAUUUGCUUUAUGCUAAACCAAAUGCUCCCAUUAUGUGCACAAUUAAUGUUGCUGCCAUCU